UAACAAUUUGAAUGAGUUGUGUUUGUGGUCUCACAGCAUUUAUGUUGUUUAACUCAAUAUUUGCUCUGAGUCUGCAUUGAUUUGCUGGUGUGCAUUUCAGCAGCCAAACAAGAAUAUUAGAGGGAAUAAAACAUGGUUAUCAAGUGAAAGAUAGAGAUAGUGAGGCAGUAGGCUGUGAUGGGUUAGUAAGACAUUCAACCUUGUCCUGACCAGACUCAUAGCACCAGUUCCUGCUCUGAAGGUGUGUCAGUUCAGGAGUGGGAAAAAUAUGUUUUUAUUAUUUUUUAUUUAUAUCCUAUCUCUUAUAUUCAAAUUCCUUGUUUUGUGGUUGUGGAGAGUUCAACCGAGUCGAUCCUGAGCCCGGUAUGAGCAUGUGAACUCUGCACAAAGACAAAUAUACAAUGGGGUCAUUUAAUCAGCACUAAAAAUGAGGAAGUGAGAUUAUGCUGUGUGUAAUUAAUAUUUUACUGGUUGCUACAAGACAUAUUUUGAAGUUAAACGUCACCGUUAUAUUGAUACAGUUUUUGUAGCUUGUUCUCUUUUUAUAUUUUAAAUGCUUUGUAUUUUUAUAUGCUAAUGAUUUCUAAUGCUGACCACAUACUUUACCUGCAGAAGUAAUAUCUGAUGUCAGAUAUUUAAAGCAAGAAACACUAAAUCAUUAUCAAGACAGCAACCUAAAGAAAAGUGAGUAGAAGAAUAAUGUAGCGCAAUCAAAAUGUUGCACAUCAUUACUUUUAGAGCUUAAACUGUGGAGGUUAAACCAAAUGAGCAACACAAGCCAAUGUGCAAUGUGUGUAUCAGCUAAAGCAGCCAGCAGAAAAGAGAGGAUGUGUCAGUGAACCAUACACACACCUUCUGGUUCCAGGUUUAAAUUGCGACCCGAAAGAGCAACUUUCAGAAAAGACAGAGCAAUAGUGACACCUGUUAAAAAUAUUUACACCUGUUAAGCUGCUGCAUCCAGAAGCUGUAAUGUUGACAUGACAGAGGUGUGGUGAGGACAAGAACGACACAUUGAGGGCAAUCCAUUAUCCCUGUGGGACCUACAUUUAAAACUUAAAGUGUGUGUAUCCCCCCCCCCCCCCCAAGCUGUCUGUGUACCUGUAAGAUAGUUUCAUUUUCACGCUUCGUCAAGAUUCCACUGCUUCCUUCCGCUGGUCAGGACACGCAACUGUUACCAUGCAACCCACCAUCCACAUCUCUCUCUCUCUUUCUCUCUCUCUCUCUCUCUCUCUCCUGGUUUUUUAGUGAAGGACAACGCAAAGACGAACAGGAAGACACGCACACACACACAGACCCACUCACAUCCACGGCACAUCCACACAAAAAAAUGAAGGCCGCUAUAGAUUUAUUUGAAAAGGGGAAGGGAGUGAGCCAAGUAUUUUUUGCUCAAUUGAAUUACAUCAGAAUAAAUCAAGCAUUCAGAUGUCUGAGUGCAUUAUGUCGCUGUGAUGGCCGCUGCAUGCAGGGACAUCAUUGGGCCGAUUCACUCUAACAGUCCUCAGUAAAUACAUGUUUAUUGGCGUCAUAAAAACUCCUUGCUGGUCUUUUUAUCGGCCAAUAGUACAUCUAGAAAAAACAAUCUACAGCUCUGCUAAAGAGUUCAGAAGAUGGCAUAAUGAAUACGAUCCACUGCCGCGUACACUCUGCAGUUGACCAAACUGCCAAACAAUCCACGUGACUAAAUGCAUGGCGUCACUGCGUGUACUUGGGCCGGGCAGUACUGCUGACACAAAGCUCUCCACACGUUUCAGCAGAAGUGCAGAGACAUGGCAAGUGGUGUGUUGCAGUGAGUCAUCUUGCCAAACCUCCCAACAACCGUGAGGAGGCAGAUAUGCUUGUGAUUGAGUUUGAAUGGGCUGAAUGAAUGAAUGGGUUAUUUCCUGCACUUAAUCUGCAGCAAUCACAUGAAAAGUGAAUUUGACACCAUGUAUUACAAUAUUUCAGUGGGGCAGAGUUAAGCAAUUCCCUCGGUGAGAACACAUUUUAACACAAUGCAUUGCAUUUCUGACAAUAUACAUGAUUACUUAAUGAUCGAUCUGAAGAAGAACAUAUAUAUGUAUCUCUAAAAAGGGCACAGCUGGCUGGUAAAAAAGAAAGGUCACAGAAUGAGUACUUGGUAUUUGGAGAAUCUCAAAUCAAGCAAGAGUCCCAGCUGAGAGGUAAAUAACCUCAUUACUCAUCUCUGAGCUCAGGCUGUGUCUGGGAAACAGACACUGCUCCAAGUUCUUUUCUGCCGGCCUUUUAUCUCAAUACCCAAAUCGAGCUCUUUUCACCGGAGCACUUACUGAGUAAUGGAAGGUCUAGAUGACGCAGAUUGAAGCCUCUCCAGCUCAUUUCCAUUGUUUUACGCUGAAAGAUAGGUGACAGCGAGAGGACGCUGUUUAGGAGUUUCUUGAGGUUAACUACUUCAUAUAUAAUUUCUCCAUCUGCUACACACAGAUAGACCAGGAUGACCUCUUAAAGCACGGCCCUCAGAACAACAGAUCCAUGCGACCUUGUGUUGUCUCUUGAAAACAUGAAAUCUCCAGCAGAAAACCACAGAAAGUAGAACAACCUUUAUAUCCUGUGGAAAAAACAGCCCUCAACAGUCAUUAUAAUCCAUUACAGUCCUCAAAAUCCAUUACUAAGACAAACAUUCCAGGUUGUGGGUUAGUGUGUUCAUGCAAGUCGACAUGCAACUGUGUGCAACUGUGUGCCUUUGGUAACAUAUGCAGAUGUAGUGGCUGUAGAGUUGUAAUAGGUUAUUUUGAUUUGCAUAUGUACAUAAAGGAAGUCUUUUUUUUUUUUUUUUAAAUGAAUGAAUAAAAAAUAUGAUAAUUAAGAGGGAAUAAACACUAAGAAUAUUAAGCUGAAUUUAUUGUGAAUGUAUUGUAAAGCAUAAGAGGUAGACACUGUUUUUAUUAUAACUAUGUAAUGACAAAUGUAACAAUUAUCUGCAUGAUGCAUGGGGUGAAUGUUAGUUCAUUGUUUAGAGAUGAUAGAUAAAAUGGAUGCCGGUUGAAAUCCGAGAUGUUACCUUUAUUCUGAAGGCAACACAAUAAGUUUAAUUCUCAAGGAAUCGUCACACUUCCUGUCCAAAUGACUGGAAGUCGGACGUUUGAACCUGCCAUCUUGAGAAUUAGCCUUACGCCAACUAAAGUAUUGCAUUGUUUGAACUGAAGAGUUAUUAUCUUUCGAGGUGUUAGAGGAGUGACUGCCUCCUAAAAAAAGAGAAGUUGUUAUAAUGGAGAGCUUUCUUUUCGCUAGACAGAUAAACUAAUACACACGGGAGCUGUAUUUAGACUGGACGUUAGUCUCAUUCCGGCCCCACGAUCGUGAACGAUAAUUGUCUCUCAACUUUUUCCAUUAAAUAUUGUUAAACUUUAUUCAUCGAAUCCUAGAUUUCCUUGAGCCCGAGACGUUCUGGUGGACAAAUCUUUUCAUGACUCUCACCAUCGUUUUCCAUUGGGUACAACUAAUGAGAAGUUUGGGAAAGAAAACAGAUGGUUGGUAAUAAAGUAGCAGACUAUCUGAAUGACGGAUGCUUUAUUUACUUCACAUGUCAUUUAGCUGACACUUUUAUCCAAAGCGAUACACCAUAGACACAGCUACAGGGAGCAAGUCAAGGUUGAGUGUUUUGCUCAAGGGCACAACGACUAUGGCGGGGAUUGAACCCCCAACCCUGUGAAUGAAAGACUGACACAGCUAACCACUGACCCACAGUCGACCCCUCAGAAGGAUAUCAUCCUUCCACAUAAAGGUGAAUGACUUUGACUGUGACCUUCUCCUAGAGUGCUGUCUGCGCAGACUAACAGCGCCUUGAUGAAGUUGUUUGUGCAAACUAAGCUUGUGCUUACGCGGGAUUCUUGAUAACGGGCUGAGCAGGAUUGUAUAUUAAAAAAGUUUUAUUAUAACACAAAUGUUUAUGUAAAAAUAAACAGGAAACGAAUAUGGUUACGCUCUCAGACACGUGCACCGUAACAUGGGAAACGAAUGCAUUUGGCUGAAGGCAGAUAACAACUGAACACACACACACACACACACACCCUUAUAUACAUUAUGUGCCAGGGUUAAGACGAGGUUAUUCAAAAGCCUCUAUUGACUGUAAUACAUGUCCUUAUGAGGACAUUCCGCACAGACGAGUGUUGAAUCCGAGCCAGAACUCAUUCCUCAAGAAAGUGGUUGACAGUGUGAGACAGAUGCUGAUGAUGAAAACAUUUGAAAUGUGUGGUCUCAGUUAGUCAAUCAGUCUGUGACUCUGUGAAACAUAAAGAGCUGCACUUCAUAAGUUAGUGGCUGUGUUAUCGGUGUUUGCUCUGGAUGAAGUUCAAAACAAUGAGUCUGUGACAAAUGUGUCCACGGAACAAAGCAGCCAACUUUAGAACAGUUCAUAGAUUAGAGACGGUGUUCUGGUUUCAGUCGACCCAGUUAUAAUUAAAACCUUUCUUCGGUUUCUGGCUCUUUUUUUUCAUCAUGGAGUCUAACUCUUUUUCUGGGUCUUUAUUGUGAAGCCAGCGUAUGAGCACCUCUCCACGUCUCUCUCUCUUUCUUUGAGGUGAUAAGUGAGCGGCUCCUGAUAAAAUCUGGCAAAUGUCCCAAUGUCCAUUACAGUGUUAGAAAAUAGAAGAGCAAACAUUACCCACCACCCACUGACGCAAGCACAUGCACUCCACACACAGAUCCUCACUUAUCAAGUAGUUGCACUCAUUCCGCCAAGCACACAUUAGAAAUUCAUGCCGGGACGUCAUUAAUGAGUUCACAUACGACAAAUAACACUCUGAAACUCUCUCGACAAAGUCUAUGUCAGACACAAAAGAUUAAAUCGGCAAAAGAAAGUUAUUUUUGUCAAAAUUACCUACUAACUGGUAGAAAUCAUGUUGAUGUUGAUUGUUUUCCAACCUAUUUGUUCUUCAUGGCAAUUAUUUGGAACUGUAUUUAUUAUCAUAUCAUUAUUUACUCUCUGAUCUCAUCAGUCAAACCUAACCUUCCCUCCAGAGCAUUGCUGCAUCAAAAUGUGAAUCAUAUAACUGAAACUGAAACAAGAGCUGGCUUCAGAUCAGCUUUAGCAGAAGAGAUACUCAUCGCGCUGGCUGUUUACACAGUUGCACAUCUUGGCCUAAGCUAAGCAAACUACUGUUUUGGUUCAUGGAUUUAUUACAGAUAUAUUUAAAUUCCCAUUAGCGAACAGUCUGAAAUGGCAGCUUCGCUUUCGUCUGACGGGAAAUAACUGAACAUUAUAAAAACAGAAAUACAUUUAUAUCUGACAGCAGACAGAGCAUUCUUGUGAUGAUACAUAAUGGUUGUGGCUGAAUUAAAAUGGGUUCAUAGUGAACUCUUUAUCAUCCUAAAUCGGUCAUGCCAUUACCAACUGUGUGUCUCAACUCUGUCCACUAGGUGUCACUACAGCCAUAGAAGAUGGUGUUGAGGCCACAGCGAUGCCAUGGACGACCGAGAGUAGGAACACUCUGAACGAUCAUAUGCGAUAGCAUCCUAUGUGAAGCCAAGGGUUGUAAUGAGAAUGUUCUCUUUGGAAAAAAGGGAGACAUCUCAUUUAAUAUAAAACCAAAAAGAAAACAUAACAAUGGUUCACAUAUGGUUUCAGCGAUGACAUCACAAGAUUGUCUCCAGUGAAGCACCAGCGAUAAUGUUGUCACAGGUGAUGCUGGGUGUCACUCUGUCCCUCCUCAUCCUUCUGACUGUCAGCGGUAACGUGCUGGUGUGCCUCGCUGUCUGCGCUUCCCGACGCCUCCGCUGCCUCACCAACUGCUUCAUCGUGUCGCUGGCUGUGACAGACUUGCUGCUCGGCCUCUUGGUCCUCCCUUUCUCCGCCCUCCUGGAGCUCAACAACGAGUGGCCGCUCGGUCCGGCCUUCUGCAACUUCUACAUCUCCAUGGAUGUCAUGCUGUGCACCGCCUCCAUCCUCACCCUCCUGGCCAUCAGCGUGGACCGCUACCUGGCAGUGACCAUGCCUCUGAGAUACGCCUCACUGGUGUUGCCAUGGAGAGUUGCUGUGGCCAUGGCCAGUGUUUGGACAGUGUCUGUGGCGGUGUCUUUCUUGCCCAUCCAAAUGGGGUGGAACACUGUUAAUGGCACAGUGCAGAACUACGGCCCCUGGGCUCCGGAGGGGAAAUGUCGCUUUGAGCUGAACAGGCCCUACGUACUGACAGACUCUCUUCUCACUUUCUACCUGCCUCUGGUGGCCAUGUGCUGGACGUACCUACGAAUACUACGCAUUGCACGGGCACAGGCCAAACGCAUUAUCAGUGACCGACCCACUUGCAUCACAAACUACAACUGCAGGAACAAUCCUUCCACCAGUACCACUAUGGUUUCCAGCGUAACAGCAGUGGCUCUGCGAGAGCACAAAGCCACGGUGACUCUGGCAGCCGUGAUCGGGGCUUUUGUGGUGUGUUGGCUGCCGUACUUCAUCCUGUUCACAGUGUUGGGCUUAAAUGAGCAUCCAGACCCAAGCACAGUACCAGAAUACUCCAUUGUGUUGUGGCUAGGUUACACCAACUCAGCACUCAACCCUAUUCUCUACGGGGCCCUCAACAGGGACUUCAGGUCAGCCUACACCCAUCUACUGAGAUGUCGAUGGCCUACUUACGCCAGAUACCAUCUCACAGAGGUGACGCUGCUGUGUGGCCACACCUCUGUCACAUGCAGGGCAGGUCAAACAGAGCCAAACUUAAUGCUUCAAGAACUGAACAGCAGGACAGCCACAGCAACUAUCCAAUUUGAAAAUGGCACUAAUGUUACAGAUGACAACAGCAAUGAAAGGUCGUGCUGAGCCUGUGCUGGUGAGGUGGGUGCAGGGUGCUGCGGUUGCAACCAAGAUCCAAACUCCAUCCGCCUGAGAGGAAAGAGCAACAGACGGACGGCGGAAGAUGGACGGAGAUUUAAAGCCCCUCUAUUUGGAAGCCUUCAGCGCUGCAGUCGAAGCACCCACAAUACGACAUCAACCACUCUAUAAUUAAACAAAAGAAUUGGAGAAAAUGGGACCUCAGCAACUCCACACCUCAUCAGCAAGAACAAACUACAUGCACACAGCCGGCCUCUACCAAUCCAGGACCGAACCGAUAAUGAUGCCUCUGCGUGGAUGGAGCUGCAGCAAACAUCACACAUAUGCUCUCAGACUAAUGGUAGCUAGUACUGAAGCUCUGGUGGAAUGAAUGAGACCAGCCGAUUAACACAUCGGUCAUCAAUUUCAAGAACUACAUUAUUUAUGCUGACUCGAGAGUGCACUCCAGUGGAAACACAAAGUAUCACAACUCUAACCUGGACAAACUAAAUGGAAAUGGAUGUUUCACAAACAGAGAUUGGAGGGGGAAAUGUGAUACAUUUACUUUUAUUAAAAUAAAAACUCCAUGUAGAAACUAAUGUUAUGUGUAUAUUUUGAAGAAUACAGAUUGUGUCUUUUCAAAUGCUUAUUCAGUGACAUAAAACUGUCGAAUGUAUGUAUUGCAUCAUAUUGUAAAGGUAACAAUGGACUGAAAAAUGGCAUGUUCUGAUCCUCUAAAAUACACAAUUACAACCAUACUGUAUGAAAAAAGGACGGCUGAAAUAUAGAAUACAACGUAUCCUACCACUCUUUAGAGGGCAAUAAAAAUAGGCUGUAGUUACGUAUGGAUAGGGAUUAUCAUGUGGGAUGAUGCGCAAAACAUUGGAUGAGUGGUAAUACAAAGACAUUGGAAACAAUUCAUCACAGCUGUCAGCACAUAUUGCCUCAAACCGUUGCCACAUUAACACUUAACCUUCUCCAUACUCCCUUUGAGGACUGACACAGAAGUGUACAUAAUAUCUAUCUGCAUGUCAGGUACCAGCUGACAACAUUCAACAACAUAAAAACACUUUGAUCUAACCAUCAAUACUUUGUGCUAGAUUCCUUCUACCUUGAAUACACAGUCAAAUAUGAGGGACAAAUACACAGUCCUCGGUCAGUUAGAGACAAUUAUGUACACGUUUACAGUUAGAUUAACUUGAAAAGGCUCUGCACGUAAUGGAAGCUCUCAAAAGGAUUCGAGGAGUAACUACCCCGAAACGCAUGGGUCAAGAAUCCAAGAUAAAUACAUCAUCAAUCAUUUAAGGAGGAGAUUGCGGCAGCAGGCAGUGUGGGCAUUAAGAAUCAGCAAGAGAAAAAUGGGAACUUGCCAUUUUUAAAGGCCACUUAGUGCAUGUGAUUAGAUGAUAGUUUCCUGAUUCAUUGCAAUCUCCAGCCAGCUCACCUUUUGCUUAACUUUGACUGAGAUCAGCCAAUAGAAACCUUGAUGCACCCUAAUGUUUGAAAAUGUAUUAUUUCAUGAUCUUUUAACACUAUCGGCUAUAUAUACACACAUAUACAGGACUGUCUCAGAAAAUUAGAAUAUUGUGAUAAAGUUCUUUAUUUUCUGUAAUGCAAUUAAAAAAACAAAAAUGUCA